AUGAAGGAGCUACCUGACGACAAACUGACACUGAGUGCAAAUCAUCUUUGUAAAAUUUACCCAGGUGACCUUGAGCCGAGUCUUUCAGACGAUCUAUUACAGUUCUCUGCCUUCCUGAAAACCGAGCUUGCCGAGAGAUACCUGGAUUCGUCAAGCUCUGUAGAAGCACCAGUCCUUUCUGAAAUCCCUUCAUCGCCCACACCAUCUGAGGAUUCUUCAGCGCCAUCUUCACCAGUUACUACAACUCCAAGUGAUGAUGAAGAUAUGUCAUUCAACGAUGACAAUGAGCUGCAUGAGCAUGAUCAAACCAUGGAAUUCGAAAACAAUGAUGCAAUGAAACUAGAAUCACCGGAGGUUCGGAUGUACAAGCUAGAAACAAACUAG